AUGGUGCUUGUAUUGGGUGGAGUAGUCCUCGACGAGGCUUCCAUUGACUCGAGGAACUUGUUCCACGCGGCGCCGCAUCUCAAGGAAGCUGCAGCUCACGUGGCCUCUCUGCCGCCCAAAGUGGUUUCGCCCAUCGGCCUGCUCUAUCUCCAUCAGCGAGAGUUUGCCGUCACUCUUCCGCAAGAUACAGAAAAUGUUUCAAUCUUGGGAACGGAUGAUUGCAGCACGUGCAUCGUCGUCAUUUUACGUCACACCGGUUCGGGAGCGACGUGCAUGGCUCACGUCGACGGUGCUGACCAAGAGAGCGGCAUCACGCCGUUAAUAUCACGAAUACAAGAGGUCUCAUUGGGUUACGCAAACGGCAGAAUAGAGCUUCACCUUGUUGGUGGUUAUAUGGAUCCUAGAGGAUAUUCUGAACGUCUUGUCAUUAAUCUCUUGCAUGCGUUUCACAAAGAGCCCGUCGAAAUCGAUUUAGUUUUCGCGUGCAUCGGUGAAAUGAACACGACCAUCCGCGGUGGAUUAGCUUGGCCAAUCAUCUACGGAGUUGGCUUCAAUGUCAAGACGGGCGAGAUAUUUCACGCCACCUUUCCCGACAAAGGACCGGACAUGGCAUUGCGAUCGGCUAGGCAAUUAACGGGUUCCUCUCAUCUGAUGGAUAUGUACGACUGUACUCUGGGCGUGAUGCGUGUCGGGCCUUAUCACUACCAGCCGCUGCGUGGUGUAAACCUGUGGUUGGAACAGACUGACGAUUUCAUCGUUUCACAAUUGUCUACCGCACCUGAGGUGGAAUUGCCUCAUUUUGCAAGCAAGAUCAGGGCCGCUUUAAAGUAUAUGCGCGAUCAUCCAUUCCCUGCAGUUACGGUCUUUCAAGAUAACCGACCUAGAUAUUUUCGGAGAGAUGAAUCCGGAGCAUGGGUUCACAUGCGUUACUGAACAACCAAAGAUCGACUACAAAGAUAAACAAACAAAAAAAAACGCUAGAUCAAGGAAGGAAAUUGAAUUUCUUCGAAGAAAAUGAAUGGCAUUCUUACAAACGAAAGCGUCGGAGAUACUUAAUUCCAUCAAUAAUUUCGGGAAUUAAAAAUCAUGUGAAGGGUUUAAAUUUUUAAAGCUGAGCUUUUCAAAAAAAAAAAAAAAAAAAAAAAAAGCUCGAGAUUUCCUUCUACGGUGAUUGGCGAGUGUGACGUCAUAAGUGCUGAGAAAUGCUUCAGUUUAAAGGCACGUUGUUUUUAUAUUCAUUCGUGAUUGUCUUGGGCAAUUCCCGAUCAAGGACGAAGACACAUGUACACAUAUCUACAUCGUAUGGGCAAUGCAUUGUUUACCACAGAGGGUCUAUGUCAUUUUAUUAUAACCAAACAAAGGUUUUAUAUAGCCUGUUCACUUUUUUUAAAAUUUGAAUCGAUUUUAUCCGAAUAGAAAAAAAAUAAAAAAAAAUAAUUUCGUUUA